AUUCGUCGGUGGUGUGCCUUGUAAUAUUUGAUUACCUUUGUGGAUUUUUUUAAAUCUUGAUCAGUGUGUAGAUAAUUGGUGGACGACUUGGUUCAAUGGAAUAGAUAUUAACACCGUUUAUUAAUAAAGAUAAGAUAAAACCAUAACCUUCCUAUUGUGUAAGUCAUCGCAUUCAUUGAAAGAGUGCGUUCAAAGUGGAAGGGGGUAAUAUUCAAUCUCAUUUUCUAAGUACCGAUAUCUCACCUCUUAGAUUCUGAUUUUAGGAGAAACGUUUGCUUCUAUUGUACAGUGGUUACUUGUUUUUUCCUUGUAUAACGAUGCAUAUUUCUGAUAAAGGCAAUUAAAUUAAAAAUCAAAAAUUCUCUUUAAUUCGAACUAUAGCUUUGGAACGAAUACAGAAUCUCACAUCAGUUUCUGAAAUGUAAUUUAGGUCAUUAAGAAUGUGUAGAUUACACCCUGUGUUGUUCAUAUCGAUUCUGUUGAGCUUUACGACGGCUCAACAAGAAGAUCUUCACUACAUUGGAGUAGGAUAUAACUUGCUAACCGGGAAUCCUGAUGGAAGUUUAGUUUCAAACGGAGGAGUCGAUCCAGGCCUAUUGUACACCAGGAAAAUUCUUGAGGUAACCGAAAAUGACUCACCAAUAAGAGUUCAAAUCGAACACCGACAUAGCUGUGCUAACAAGAACACAACUUCUAUGUUCUAUGGAACCAAAUCCUACCAAGACAAACUAAAACUUGGCGUGACAACCUCAGGUGGUGCAGGUGUAGGAUUAGCCUCUUUUUCCUUCACGUUAAGUGGGAGAUAUCAACAAGCUCAUAAUAAGACAAAUUUAGAACACAAUAUAAUUCAGGAUCAGCAAAACCUGUGUAAUCUUGGUAGAGUGCGUUACAUGACUGAAUUAGCCAAUGCAGGCAAUUUUCCCAUCACACGCAGCUUUGCAGCAGCUAUUUGUUCACUUCCGGUGACGUACAACCAAUCGGCUUACAUGGAUUUUUUGGAUCAAUGGGGAACGCACAUUACGAUUGAAGUUGAACUCGGCCAAAAACAAAUCAGCCGUUCACAAAGCUCCUUUAAACAAUUUAUGGAGCAAGUUAGUAAGUCGGGAGGUUUCGAUUUAGAUGUCGGAGGAUCGUAUCUCGGAUAUUCCGCAUCUUUAGGAAUCAACUUUGAUACAUUCAAACAAAGUAGCAGUUUUAAGCAGAACUAUGGAACUUAUCAGUAUACUUUGCAAUCCGGCUCUGAAACCCUCCCGGAACCGAUUGGUCUGAAAUUACAAACCAUUGAUGAAGCUCUCCAACCUAUGUUCUGGCAGAGAUUUGAUGAUUUAAUCGCUGCAAGUAUUUGCACAACUGAUGACCAGGGGCAUCUACAAUUACGAAAGUCACAUUUAAUCCGAUCUUUGGGAGAUUAUGCAGCAUACAAAAAGGCGCCAACUCCCACAAACCCCCAACUGAAGAUCCCAGUCACGUGGCCCAAAGGCACAUACGGAUUAAUGUUGACGACAACCGGAUGUCCAUCGGAACACUCCUUUACUUGGCAUGUUGGUUACAUUAUACAAGACACUGAAGACUAUCAUAACCACAAUUCCUGGUCAUCAAAUAUCCAUUUACAUGGUGCGAAGGAUGACAAAAGAAUUGCACAAGAAUUCUGCAUUAAAGGAGACACACAGGUAUCCCAGUAUGAUAUGAAUUGGCCAAAAGGAGAUUACUGUAUCCUAAAAUAUGGCAAAUGCCCAGACGGCUUUUCUUAUGGCUCCAUAAGAUGGGAUGAUGAAGACCCUGGAGAUAGAAAUCAGAAGCAUGGAACUCUACCUGACGGAAUUUUUGACGGCAAUACCCAAAUUGACUACUGCUGUAGGAGUGACGGGCUUCCAACAGAACAAAUUGCUUUGCCAAGGGACAAACCUUUCGUCUUGUUACGUCAUAAACGAGGAUGCCAGGGCGUGGUCGGGAUGAAUAUAAGAGAGGAAACCAUUUUGUGGGACACAGAGGAUUCACACAAUCAUAACAGUCGAUCCGGAGACCACCCAUAUGAAGAUGGUGGUAAAGACAUACGACUGCAUUUUUGUUACUACUCUCCCAAAACUUCUGUGACGUCGGUGGUGGGUUAACGGUUGUCUGGUGUGAACAGUGUCUUGCUUUUGUAAUA